UUCAAGCUCUCUGUUAUGAUCGUGAUAAACUGGCUUAUUUACUUAAAAAAAAAAAAGGACAAUCUAAGUCUUUUCCAAUCUUUAUCUCCUUUCAUUGAUUUCAUGGCGUCAACCGAUAUGGAUAAAAUCCAUGAAGUGACAAAAGUCUUUCCUCCCUCGCUCUCCGCCACCGAGAUUUCCCUGCCUCUUACCAUGUACGACACACUCUGGUUCAAGUUUCAUCCUGUUGAACGUCUUUUCUUUUAUCAAAUCACUGACUUAGCCCAUCAUUUCUUUUACUCGGAGAUCAUCCCCAAGCUCAAGCAAUCUCUCUCUCUCACUCUCUCCCAUUAUCUCCCUCUCGCCGGCCAUCUAAUCUGGCCUCAAGAUGCCCCAAAACCUUUCAUUUACUACUCCUCAAAUGAUGGCGUUUCGGUCACAGUGGCUGAGUCCACCGCCGACUUCACUCGCCUCUCCGGAAACGGAAUUCGUGACGCUGUUGAGCUACGUCCUUUAACUCCGGAACUGCUGACAUCUGAUGACAAAGCAGCGGUGAUUUCUAUACAAAUUACUUUGUUUCCGAAUCAAGGGUUCUGCAUCGGCCUAUCAUCUCACCAUGCAGUUCUUGAUGGGAAAAGUGCAACGAUGUUUAUCAAAUCUUGGUCUUACCUAUGCAAACAAUCAGAUAAAGAUGCCAAUUUGUUACUGGAGCUAAUCCCUUCUUUCGACCGAACCGUCAUCAAAGACCCUACUGGGAUCGACAUGGCGUACAUCAACAACUGGUUUUCUUUUACCAAAUCGGAUCCCAAAAAACGGAGCUUAAAAGUUUUGCAGACUAUUGGAGGCAAUCCCAACCGGGUUCGAGCGACCUUUCAGUUGAGCCGUGAUGAUAUUAAGAAACUAAGGAAUAAAGUAUUGUCCAUGGUAGAACAAAAUACAGGGAAGCAAUCAAAACAGCUUCACUUAUCAACCUUUGUGCUCACAUGUGCUUAUGUAUUCGUUUGCCUGGUUAAAGCGAAAGGCGGAGAAGAUAACAGAGGUACUAUGCUUGGCUUCGCGGCCGAUUACCGGAGCCGUCUGGAACCUCCGGUUCCGGCGAAUUACGUUGGCAACUGCGUGAUGUCUCAUGCGAUGGUGGCAACAAAAGGAGAUUACACAAAGGAAGAUGGGGUUGCGUUUGUUGCAGAGAAGCUAAGCGAUAUGAUCAGAGGGAUAGAGAGGGGAGAACUUGAGGGAACAAAAGAGACGCUAGAAAAUUACAUAGAGAUGAUGAAAUCAGUGCCAGGAGGUAUAAUGCUUGGAUUGGCCGGGUCGAUCCAGUUUGAUGUAUACGGGUCGGAUUUUGGGUGGGGGAGGCCGAAGAAGGUAGAGAUCGUGUCGAUUGAUAGGGGCGGAGCUAUUGGUUUGGCCAAGAGCAGGGAUGAAAGCGGCGGUGUUGAGGUUGGUCUGGUUUUGGAGAAGCAAGAAAUGGAGGCUUUUGCAUCUUUAUUUGUUGAUGGGCUAAAAAAUUAAUAAAGGCUUUUUGCAAUUUUGACAAUA